AUUUUAUAAACAGAGAUAGUAAUAUAAAGACACUAACUGGCAUGUUUGAAACAUAAAUCUAAUUGUUGGGGAGGCUAAAAAAUGAACCUUCUAUCUUUCAUUUAUAAUGAUUAUUAAAAAAAAAAAUUAUUUGAGGCUGUUUGUUGUUAUUGUUUCCCAACUCGGAAUUUCUUCUUUUCACUAACCGAGUAUAAUAAGUAUACAUAACAAACUUUUUAUUUUUAUUUUUAGCAGUAAAAAUAAGUCUUGACGCUUAUCCCGAGAUUCCAUGUUAUUGCAACUCGACUAAAAAUAGAAAAGACAUGUACAACCUUCCCUUCCCCCUUUGUUAUGAUUUUUUUUAGUUGAUGUUAUAAAAAGAGUGGCUAAAAAAAACAUUUUGUUUCUGUUUGAUAGUCAAAUAUCUUUUCUUCUUAUUUUACAUCAUCCCCAAACAUGCUAUCAUCAAAGUGGAUCCUGUGUUGCUUUUUACUAACAACCCUCAUCCUAAGUUCGGUUUUCGCUCAACCUACACCUACAACAACACUUGUAAAAAGACAGGAAGUAGAAACAAAUAGUGUCAAUGAAUUCAACAAAGCAACUGUCUCUAGAAAAUCUUCUUCUACCAAGACAGCAACCGCUACCGCAACAGAAACUGGUAAAGGGGGUGGUAGUAAUGGCAGUCAUAAUGGAUCUCCAGCCAUUAUUCCUGCAGCCACAACAGCUUGGUUUGUUGCGGUAUACGGGACAGAAUCUGGCAUUUCGUCAAGGAUGGCAAGUUUAGGUGCGAUUUUAAUUGUAUUAGGCCUGUUUUUGUGUAGUAUGGGCUUCAGAAGAUUUAAGGAAAUGUUAUGUGUCAUGGGAUUAUUGACUUUUGGUUCCAUGACCUGGAUUGGUCUAGCAAAUUGCAGACCCGUAUCAGGUUAUCCAAUGGAUUCUAUCUUGAUGAUCGUGGUACCCGUUUGCGUGGGUCUUGUUGGCGCUGUGGCUUAUUACGUUCUUUGGAAUAUCGCCUUGUACCUUGUUUGUGCAUUCGGCGGCUUUAUUUUUGCCAUCUUUGUUCUUAGUUGGAAGAGUGACUUGGUUAUUGUUUCCCUUAUUGGACGGCCCUGUUUUCUGGGUGGUAUGGCUCUAUUAACAGGUGUUGUCACCUUUUUCGCUUUACGUCCCAUGCUCUUUUUUGCCACUUCGUUUGUAGGUGCCUAUAUUUUCAUGUUUGGCGUAGACUGCUUGUCACGUACAGGUUUAAUUGCAGCCCCACAAGCCAUGCUGAACAGAAAUCCCAAUCACUUGGUAGAAUACUCCAUCAACAAAUAUAUCUAUGUUAUGUUAGCCAUGAUUAUUUUGAUGUUCCUUAUGUCCAUGGCUUGGCAAAUGUUGUUUAACGCCGCACAUCAUUUGGGAAUGCAUAUUGUGGCUGCUGCCAAAGGAAAACCUGCUCAUGAAGAGCCAAAGGAAGAAGCAACAGAAGGCCAUCCUCCAUCCUCUCCUCCCCCAUCUUAAAAGAUACCUACCAAAAAUGCAUUUUCUCUCUUUCUUUCUUUUUCUUUUCUCUUUCUAUGGGUCGUACAUAUAUAUAUAGUUCAAAUAAAACAAAAAAAAAACAUUUUUCUUUUUUUUU